CACACACGACAAAUGUAAAGGAAACAAAGAUAUAUAUAAAGAGCAUGCCAAAUGGGAACUGCAAAUAUGUAUUGAAAUAGACCUGUAAUGGCGCGGCAGCAUUAAGCGAAGGCUGAACAGCCGUGCUCGGGUGUAUAUAGGUAGGUAUGGGGUUUCCCCAUCCCUUCGGCGUCAUGAAGCGUAAUUCGGCGUCGGACGUGGAGGGUUAAUUGGGGUCACAGGUAAAAAAAAAAAAAAAAAAACAUCACCGUCAAAUACAAUACCUGGGGUGGCCAGUGGAACGCCGAUGUCUGGCCUUACGAGUUUUGGACGAUGGUAGCCUUCCUGGGUGCAAGUGUUUGCUCCAUAAGUUAAACAUGAAGGCUGCCGGCAAUUGCACAUUUUUCCGGUUUUUAGCACUGAUGUACCUGUUCCCGAAACCAUCCGCUUUCAAGCCGCCCCCGCCGGGGCUCGGCGACGCGUUCCCGCUGCCCCUUAAUGGAGCUGAUCUGAAUUUCAAAGCGCUGACGAAGGAGCAGCACGCCGAUCAGGGCUUGCAGUUCAUGCUGAGUCUGUACCGGGGAGCCGCAGACGAGGACGGGAAACCCCGGCAGUCGCGAGCGUUCGGCUGCAACACGGUCCGCUUGAUCCGGCCGAGCCGCCCAGACGCCGUGCAGAGGCGCCGCGCCUCCGGCUCCUUCGACCAGCAGUACACAUACAGGCUGGACUAUGAGCUGAAGAUCCUGCCCAAGGAGAGGCUGAUGAAGGCCACCUUCAUCCACCUGAGAUCCUCUGCCUUAUCGGGCCUGCCCGUGGCCUGCGAGGUCAGCAUCUUGUCUCAGUCUGGGUCUGACCAAGGAGUUCCCCUGGAGGGCAGUGUGGUCCUCGGGCCUCUGGACCAGUGGGCCGAGACGGAUGUCACACCACAGGUGCUCGUGCGGAGAGGCAGCCGCCUGACCCUGGCUAUGCAGUACUGGUGUGUGAAGGGCAGCCUCUUCGAGCCUCUGGAGAUGGAAGGAGGGAGGCAGGGAGGCAAACCUGGAAUCUCCUCCUCCAGGGCCCUGCUGAGGCUUCCUGACUUAUUGCUCUACCUGGAGGAGGACGGGGCCCCCAAAGGCUGGGCUGUCCCCACCAAGGUCUCCCCGUCCUUCACGUCUGUGUGGCCCCGCCGCCGGAGGUCCAAGGAACCAGGCAGCAUCGGCUUGGACAUUCCCAAUUACGUGCGCAAGAGCGCCUCCCCUAAGAACCAGUGCAAACUGCACUCGUAUCGCGUCACCUUCCGGGACCUGGGUUGGGAUCACUGGAUAAUUGCCCCGCAUGCCUACAAUCCCCACUACUGCCAGGGCGACUGCCCCCGCAUCCUGCACUAUGGCUACAACUCACCCAACCACGCCAUCAUCCAGAAUUUCAUCAGUGAGAUGAUGGCUGGCGAGGAGGUGCCACCUCCUUCCUGCGUGCCCUACAAAUAUAAGCCCAUCAGCGUGCUCAUGAUGGAGAAGAACGGCACGGUCACCUACAAGGAGUACGAGGACAUGAUCGCAGAGUCCUGCACGUGUCGGUAAGCUGGAGGUGGGGCCAGUUAUGUGGCCCCGCCCCCUGGAGAUGGAGCCACUGCCGCCCCAUGAUUGGCUGUUGGGUCUUUGUUUUAAACUCGUUCGCCUCCUUCCGGGCGUCCCUCUGCUCAGCAGCGCCACCCGCUGACCGAAGCACUUCCGGAGAAGCAGGGAGCCUCCUGGGAUGCGGUCAAGUUCGUGUGCGUGUCACUCUGUCCCGAUCCUGAGAAAUCGACAGGCAGCACACGGGAUUGGAAAUGUGUGUUAUUCUGCACUUCACCACUGUCAGCACCUGGUGGAAAUCUGGUUGUUUUGGAGUGAUGGGUUUGGCCUCAAGAUUUUUAAAUGAAAGUCACUCCAAUUUUUUUUUUCUUCAUUUUUAAUCGGACGCAGGGAGCUGUAGGACUUCAGGGUUAGGAAGCUGAACUGCUCCCCCGUCUCUCCUGAUUCCCCAAAAUCAUGUCUUGCACAUUUUGUGGGUCGGCGUGAGUGGCCCUCCCAAUGCAUGCUUAAAAAAAAAAAAAGAAAAAAAGAAAAAUAUUAUCUUCUGGCUGCUGGGGGGGGCGGAGGGGGGGGGGGUUAUAAUCUAUGGGACGUGUGCAAUGUGUUUCUGAAAAUGUCUUGGCUCUGUUGACUGAAUAGUUCUGUACAAAAAAAUUUUAUGAUUUAUUGCAAGAAAUAAAAUAAAAUGCAUUUUUUUGUAAAACUGCUAUGCACUUUGUACACUCUGCUUGCAAAUCGACGGUUUUUUUUUUUUUUUGUCACUUUGUCAACUCAGAAAGCCAUAUUGUGGAUGGACGUGUUGAACUGAUGCCUGAGCAUGACGCUAGCGCCCCCUGGUGGUAGUUAGCGGCCUGACAGUCUCUCCAGAGUGCUACAAAGGGAUUCUUUAAAUUUUGGUCUCUUUAGGCCUGAGGAAAGUUUUAAGCUUAAGUGGUUUUGUAAAUGUAGCAGUAUUUACAUUUUUUUUUCUUUUUUUUGGUUGUUAAUAGGUUUGCACACUGUCUGUCAAUGUAAGCAGGUUGGCUUACGUGUAAUAAUUGUACCCUUCCUAAAUUGCCAGUUAAUGUAGUCUGGUAUAGUUAGCUUUGUGAUGUCUGUGGAUUGGGCAUAAAGUAAGUUUUAUGACUGCA